GGACGUCCGGAUUCUGCCGCGUUUUCCGUCCGGCCGCUCCGCUCUCAGGGAGCAGUGGGGAAAACAAACAGGUCGAACGGAGGAAGAUCGGUAGCCGGUUGGAUGUGGAGGCUGUUUAGCGGCGGAUGACUGUGUUCCGUGUCGGAGGCAGCCGCCGGGCGCUCUUCCAAAGUUGCUCCCCGGGUCUCGCUGCUGUUCGUCCGGGAGGCCGCGCGGAGUUUUCCCGACACAGCUCGAGUAACGGCGCUCCAGAAGGUCAGAAGAUGGAGGGCGGCUGCCUGAGCCCAGAGGCGGUGGAGGAGCAGCGGCUGGCUGACGGCAAGCGCCUCAGCCGGGACCCAGACACCCGAUCAGUGUCCCUGCUGGAGCAGAAACGCAAAGUCGUGUCUUCCAGCAUCGAUGUCCCCCAUGCCAGACGGUCGGAGGAGGAGGUGGAUAUGGACAAGGUGACGGCCGCCAUGGUGCUGACGAGUCUGUCCACCAGCCCGCUGGUGAGGAGUCCGCCUGUCAAAGUGAGCGAGGCUCUGAGCGGCUCGUGGAAGGACAACGGCUCGGCGGGACCCUUCACCCCGUCCAGCAACAGUUCCUCCGGGGGCUACUGGAGCUGGUCCGCACCCAGCGACCAGUCCAACCCCUCCACGCCGUCCCCUCCCCUCUCCGCCGACAGCUUCAAGCCCUUCCGCGUGCCCAGCCUGGGCGGCGUGGGGCCCGGCCCCGCGGGGCCCGAGGACCCCAGUCUGGACGAGCAGGACGGCAGCAGUCUGCUCUUCGACGAGCCCAUCCCUCGCAAGCGCAAGAACUCCAUGAAGGUGAUGUUCAAGUGCCUGUGGAAGAACUGCGGCAAGGUGCUGAGCACGGCGGCCGGCAUCCAGAGACACAUCCGCACCAUCCACCUGGGGCGGAACUGCGACUCGGACUGCAGCGACGGCGAGGAGGACUUCUACUACACCGAGAUCAAGCUCAACACGGACUCUGUGGCCGAGGGGCUGAGCAGCCUGUCCCCCGUGUCGCCCUCCGUCCUCUCCCCCCCGCCCCCGCCCCCCUCCCCUCUGCCGCCCCUCGGCCAGCUGCCGGACUCCCACAGACCCCAGCAGCCCCCGGACACCAAGGAGCCUCACGCUGGCGGCACCACCCCGCUCAGCCGCUCGGCGCCCAGCGCCCUCUACCUCAUCCACACGGACCACGCCUACCAGGCCACGGCUCCAGUGUCGAUCCCGUCCAGCGGCAGUAACUUGGCCGGCUCCGCCUGCACCAGCUUCACUCCCACCAACAGCUCCAGUUUCAGCAUCUCCUGGCAGUCGCCGCCCGUCACUUUCACCGGAAACACAGUAUCUCCCAGUAAGAGCCAGGGAUUCGGUGAACAACGUUCUCAGACCAUCGCCGUGCUCUCGUCCCCUCCCAGAGCCACCACUGCCCUCAGUCGGAAGGUGCGCGGCGAGGGGAAGAAGUGCCGCAAGGUGUACGGGAUGGAGAACCGCGACAUGUGGUGCACCGCCUGCCGCUGGAAAAAGGCCUGCCAGAGGUUCACUGACUGAACGCAUUGCGCCCCUGUGAUGGUCGCCACUUCAGGAGGCACUCAAGUUUCCCUAUUGUUUGUUUUAUUUUUUUUUUCCACCAGAGGAAGCGGGAAGGGGCAUAGUUUUGCAUGUUCUUCUUUUUUUUUUUUUUCCCCAGCUCAAAAUCACAACUGUCCAGCUCUGUCUCUGUUCCUGACCCUGCCCGCUGCUACCCCCCCUCCCUCCCCCAUCCAUCCAGCCUCCAUGAAACCUUUCCACAUGCGGAAGAAGCUGAAGGACAGCAGAGUCGCCGUUCAUGUUGCCGUCCAGGAUUCCCAGUAUUGCCUCGCCAUCCCCCCUCAUUCCCAGUUUUGGGGAAACCCCAGUGCAGCUAAACAGUGUAAAAAAAAUUUGAUCUGAAGAUUUCUGCAGUUUUUAUUUGUUUGUUUUUUGUUUUUUGUUUUUUUAUGUUGAGUUCAGUGUUGCAUCUUUCUAUGUUUUGUACAGCUCUGGUUUUUAAAACGAAAGUCUAGUCGAAGAGGGGGGGUUCCGAAAAAAAAAAAAAAAAGGGCCAAAAAGCUUUUUUUUUUGUGUGUUUUGUCAACAAAUUUAAACAAAAACUUCACUUUUUUUAUCCAAAAGAAGAACAGACCUCUUGGCUGAACUAUUGGAAGAAUGAGGUAACGCUCUCAGUUUUGGUUCUUCCUUCAGUGUGUUCAUCCGUUUCGUUCGGCCUCCGGACUUCUCUGGAGGGCGAUCUUCUCGUCUCGUCGCAGCGUCUCCCGGACCCUCGCCUGUCCUCCCGACGUACCCCCGGGGAAUGUACGACGGAGGGGCAGGAAGAAAUACGGAGGAGAGACACACGGGGGGGAGUGAUCAAUGCAAAAAGAAAAACAAAACAAGAUGCUAUUUACAGUCAGGGAAAGCAGGUGGACCGUGUUUACCACAUGAAGCAUCCACAAAACCACAGGUGUUUCCCACACAAUCAGAGUCUUUUUCUUUGUUUUAUCAGGGAUGCGAUUCUUAAGAAAGCAAAAAAAAAGAAGAAAAAAAACCAGCAGCUUCAACUUGGGGUUAAACUGUAUGCAGCACGAUCUCAACAGCUUCUCUCUUUUAUCACACAUGACAACUUUCCAACCAAAAACUCCUUCAUCUUGUUCUUUCAUCUUCUGGGUUUUUGUUACGGUGCCAUGUUUAAUGUUGCUGAUGGAGUUAUUCCCUCUGUUUCUUUCUCUUUUUUUUUUUUUGUUUGACUGUUUACCCCCCCUCCUGCUAAACAGUGUGUGUUCCUGACAGCACUGGAAGUCAACCCGCAUGUGACGCCAUUAAAAGAUCAACAUCUCUCGCCACAUACAGAGAGACAAAUCGCCCUCCUCCUCCAACAACUUCUACACUUUCCCAAAGGGAAGAGAAGGAAGGAAAAAACAAAAAAAAGCGACUUUGUGUUUACAUUCGCGCCAUAGAGGCGCAUCUUAAUAAUCUAUUAACCAAAGGGGGAGGGCUAUAAAAAAAGGAAAAGAAAAGAAAACCAAAAGUGAGGCACUUUCACUGUAUGUGUGUAACAGAGUACUUGGUACUGUUGGGUUUGCUUUAGAAAGUUACUGCGUCCGCUCCGUUUCAUGGGAGUUCACCACACACUCCCGGCGCUCGGCGACACGCCAGCAAACCUUCCUGAGUCCACUUUUCACGACGGUCCAUGUGGCGAUUCCUCCCGAGUCGGCCUUUCUCACCCAGUCAUCUGUAGACUGUUGAUCAGAGAGAGGAGGAGCGUUUUGAGGCUCGCUUCACUGGAGAUUUGUUUAUAAAGCAACCAGUUCAUUUAAUAUCUGACAGGAGAAAACGCCACGUGGACCCGGGCCUCAUGAGCACUUAACUUUGUUACUGAUAAAAGAGAGAAAAUUGGUUUAAAAAGAGAUUUAUUUAUCUGUGUUUUUGUCAUUUUGAAUUUCAGCCUCUCGGUUGGCUCAGACGUGGGAAACGGGAUCAUGAAUUGUUUACAAAGUGUGGACCAACUCUUCUUGUUACCUUCUUUUGUUACGAUGUUGUGGAAGAAAGUGUUCGGGACAGGAUGUGUCGACCCAACGCGCUCCGUUUGUUCCCGCUUUGUGUUUCUCUGCUCUCUGUGACCUUUGUUCAAGCGCACUCAGAAAACACACUCCCACACACACACACAGCAGCUUAUUAUUACACAGAGAUCCAAAACCAACACCAGCUAAUAAACUCACACACUCACCCGUUUCAACACACACCUGCACAUGAAAGUCGUAGCUCUCUUAAGCUCUUUUUAUUUUGUCUUUUUUUUUUUGUCCAUGUAUAUAUGUAGUCCAUGUACUCGCUCAAAGCUUCUUUUUUUUUUUUUUUUUUGAUUGAUGACCGAUCCCGGGGUCAGGGGUCAUGACAUCUGCCACCUUACGAGCCCGACAGGUUGGAGUUGCGGUGUUACGCGAGAAAAUAAUGUACUGCUCGGCCUGUGGGGCUCCUGUUGUUUCCGAGUGUAGGGCUAGCCUUAAAGUCACUCUCUAAAAAGAUCUUUGUGCUUCUUCUGUGUCAUUGCAUCGAUGUCUAGCUAGUCUCAGAGCUGAUUUGCCAUUGUAUUAUGUGAACAAAUUAUUGUUUAAGAAAAGACAAACCUAUAUAAGUAAAGAAAAAGAAAACCAUUUAAAUUCAAAGCAAAAAAAAACAAAAAAAAAAAAAACAAGAAGACACCGAUUUGGCUUGUUUUUAUUUUUCCACAUAUAAAUAUAUGAAUCUAUAUACUUUCCAUGGAUUUUGUUUUCAUGUUCUGCUGAAGGAGACGGUUGUGGUUCCUGGCAGGAGGGAAACCCCGGCAUAACUUUCAUCACACCCUGAGCUGGUUAUGCUGUGUUUAAUUGAGUGUGACCCGCAUGCUCCCGCCUCCGGCUUCUUCACGUCACGCCCCUCGCUGCCGGCGCCGCUCCGGGGUCGGAAAAAAA